AAUCAUUAAUAAUGUGCAUUGGCCGAUGUCCGUUUCAUGAGAGCGUUCAAUAUCCGCAUCGUUAGCUGCUAAUGCUUGGUAUACAUAUUUCAGAUCAGAACCAUCUUAUAGCUGGAGGUCAAUACUGUUUUGAAAGCAAACUGGACGAUCUUCUCAAGUGGACAUAAGCAAACCGUUUAAUGUUUGCAGUCGACGACUAUCAGUCAGCAGCGAUACUUCUUGUGUAAUAUUUACGUUAGCAGUCUGAUAAUUAUCGUUGAAAUGUUAAACACGUCCCGGUCGAAGUUGCUGUUGUUGCUGUUAUUUACAUUACAUUGUAAAUCUGGCUUAAGCACUUCUGCAAAACAGCAAACUCAAAAAGAUUCUACCGGCGAGUGGGCAGGUUGCAACAUCACCACCAACAAAGACUUGACCCGAAGACAGCCAUUGGUGUUGAUACCGGGUAAGGUUAGCGGAGAGUACGAGUUUGCGUAUCCGGAUUCGGGCAACACCAUACACUUCGACAAACAUGAUCAGUUGGUCUUGGCUUGUCCGGGCAGCGGCUUCGAGGAAAAGAAGACAGAGAGCACUCAGGAAAUAUCGUGUUCGGACCGCGGGGAUUUCGAUUCGGGCGCGUCAAAAAAAAAAUUUGGCGAGUUGGACUGUGUAAGAUUGCCCGAGUCCCAACUGAAGAAAGUAGGAACUUGUGCUGGGGAAAAAAGUCACUUCAAAGUCGGUUUCGACGUGGGCGCUACCGGAUUCCUUCCAAUCAUGGACUUGUGUUUCGACGAGAACGACCACAUCCCGGUGUAUACCAAACACACUAUCACGCCCAACAUCAAAGGGUCACAAAAAGGAUUCGAUCGUGUAUCGUUCCGCGAGGGUACUCUCUUCUCUGACGUGUCACCAAGUCAAGCGUACAAAACGACCAAUCAGCGGACCAUGUUAUUGAGGACUUUGUCGAACAAAGAGGCCCAAAAGUACAUCCAAACGCGUAAUUUCUUAGCCAAAGGUCAUUGCGUGCCGAAAGCGGACUUUGUGUUUGGAGCUCAACAAUCAGCCACUUUCUACUACGCCAACACGGCACCGCAAUGGCAGUCUUUCAACGGUGGCAAUUGGCAGACCCUGGAAGCCGCCAUUAGACGUUUAGCCGUCGACCAAAAAGUUAACUUGACCGUUUACACGGGCGUCCAUGGUCAGCUCAAAGUGGCCGGCAACCCUCUUUACUUGACAGCCACUACUUCUGGUCGAAACACGAUACCCGUGCCUCAGUUGUUUUGGAAGGUAGUGCACGACGAUCAGCAACGUCGGGCCGUGGCUUUUAUUGGCGUCAACGACCCUUUUGCCAACCGCAAUGAUAAUCCCGGAUCGAGUUUGUGCCGAGACGUCUGUAAACAAAUCAGUUGGGUAUCGUUUGACGAAGAGCCCGAAAAAGGUCUGAUGUAUUGUUGUGACGUUACAGACUUCUUUAAAAAAAUUAAAACCAUGCCCAAGAUAGUGGGUUCUAAUUUAUUAAACUAAAGUGUUGCUUCCUCUAAAACUCCAAAGCAAAAUAUUAUUAGGUUUUUUUUUGAAAUGGCAAAUGUUUUUGUUUAAAAAAGGUUAAUAUAUUGAUUUAAUUAUUAAUUAGGUCGAUUUGUUAUUUUCAUAAGACUACAACAAAUUGGACGAUCCUUAGCUUCACACUAAGGUACCCGCAAUAAGCUCCGGAGUAUUAUAAAUCUUAUUAUGUUCUGCUUAAGUUAAAUCAAUAAACAUAAAUAAUGUGUCAUAUUCUUGGAAGAAUAACUGCUAUUUUGUAUUAUUAUUUAUUUAUUUAAUAAUAUUAUAUAAAGAGAUAAAAUUAGAAGAAGAUACUUCUCUGGGGGUUAAUUGUAUAAUACAUACCAAACUGCUAUGAGUAUAUUUCAUUACGAUGUUUUCCAACUAUUUAAAGUUAUUAAAAAAAAAUCGUAAUAAUAUAAUAUAACAUGUCACACCACAAACUAACAUUU